CGCCGCUCGUGCCGCCGGAAGUGGGAGGUGUCGCGCGCGCGGGCCGGCGCUCGACCCCUCCCCCCCAGGUUCGGCCGCCCCCUCCCCCCCGCUCCGCCCGCUCAGAGCACGAUGGCAGCAUCUGAGGUAGCUGGCGUGGUGGCCACUGCUCCCAAUCCUCCGGAAUCCUCUUCUAGUGUCUGUGCUUCCAAACCAGACGAAGGUCCUCCAGAUGGUCUAAGCCCCAAAGACCCUGCACAGAAGCAUAAGAACUCGCCUCUGUCGAGUGUAAGUAACCAAACGAUAACCAAGGAGAAUAACAGAAAUGCCCAUUUGGAACACCCAGAGCAGAAUCCUGGCUCAUCAGCAGGUGACACUUCAGCAGCGCACCGGGCGGUUUUAGGAGAAAACGUGAUAGCCACGGCCCUUGGUCUGUCUGGCGGUGGGUCCCAGUCUGAUCUGAAGGACGUGGCCAGCACGGCAGGAGAGGAGGGGGACACGUGCCUCCAGGAGAGCCUCCAUCCCGCCGCUCGGUCUCUUAAGGCAGGGUGCCAUUCAAAGCAGCUUGCCUCCGGGAAUUGUGCUGAAGAGAAGGCCCCACAAGCCUCCAUCCUAAAGGAAGGGAGCAGGGACCCAGGCUUGGAGUUCCCACCUGUGGUGCCUCCAGCAAAUGGGGUUGAAGGAGUCAGAGUGGAUCAGGAUGAUGAUCAGGAUAGCUCUUCCCUGAAGCUUUCUCAGAACAUUGCUGUCCAGACUGACUUUAAGACGACUGAUUCCGAGGUAAACACAGAUCAAGAUAUUGAAAAGAAUCUGGAUAAAAUGAUGACAGAGAGAACCCUGUUGAAGGAGCGUUACCAGGAGGUCUUGGACAAGCAGAGGCAAGUGGAGAAUCAGCUCCAAGUGCAAUUAAAGCAACUUCAGCAAAGGAGAGAAGAAGAAAUGAAGAAUCACCAGGAGAUAUUAAAGGCUAUCCAAGAUGUAACAAUAAAGCGAGAAGAAACGAAGAAGAAAAUAGAGAAAGAAAAGAAGGAGUUUCUGCAGAAGGAGCAGGAUCUAAAAGCUGAAAUUGAGAAGCUUUGUGAGAAGGGCAGAAGAGAAGUGUGGGAAAUGGAACUGGAUAGGCUCAAGAAUCAAGAUGGUGAAAUAAAUCGGAACAUUAUGGAAGAGACAGAACGGGCCUGGAAGGCAGAGAUCUUAUCAUUAGAGAGUCGGAAAGAGUUGCUGGUAUUGAAACUAGAAGAAGCAGAAAAAGAGGCAGAGCUACACCUUACUUACCUCAAGUCAACUCCCCCAACACUAGAGACAGUUCGUUCCAAACAGGAGUGGGAGACAAGACUGAAUGGAGUUCGGAUAAUGAAAAAGAAUGUUCGGGACCAGUUUAAUAAUCACAUCCAGCUCGUGAGGAAUGGAGCCAAGCUGAGCAGCCUUCCUCAGAUCCCUACCCCCACCCUGCCUCCACCCCCAUCAGAGACAGACUUCAUGCUUCAGGUGUUUCAGCCCAGUCCCUCUCUGGCUCCUCGAAUGCCCUUCUCCAUUGGGCAGGUCACAAUGCCCAUGGUUAUGCCCAGUGCAGAUCCCCGGUCCUUGUCUUUCCCAAUCCUGAACCCUGCCCUUUCCCAGCCCAACCAGCCUUCCCCACCCCUUCCUGGCUCCCAUGGGAGAAAUAGCCCCAGCUUGGGUUCCCUUGUCGGCCCCCAUGGUCCGCACGUGCCCCCUGCCGCCUCCAUCCCGCCUCCUCCAGGCUUGGGUGCUGUUAAGGCUUCUGCUGAAACUCCCCGGCCCCAACCAGUAGACAAACUGGAGAAGAUUCUGGAGAAGUUGCUGACUCGGUUCCCACAAUGCAAUAAGGCCCAGAUGACCAACAUUCUUCAGCAAAUCAAGACAGCACGUACGACCAUGGCAGGUCUGACCAUGGAGGAGCUGAUCCAGCUGGUAGCCGCACGACUGGCAGAGCAUGAGCGGGUGGCGGCGAGUACUCAGCCACUUGGUCGGAUCCGGGCCCUGUACCCUGCUCCACUGGCCCAAAUCAGUACCCCAAUGUUCUUGCCUUCUGCCCAAGUGUCAUAUCCUGGGAGGUCUUCACAUGCUCCAGCCACCUGUAAACUGUGUCUAAUGUGCCAGAAACUUGUCCAGCCCAGCGAGCUGCAUCCGAUGGCAUGUACCCACGUGCUGCACAAGGAGUGUAUCAAAUUCUGGGCCCAGACCAACACAAAUGACACUUGUCCCUUUUGUCCAACUCUUAAAUGACGGACCUGACUGGGGAGGAUGAAGAGGAGAAACUGAUGUGAACAGGAUGCGCGGGUUCCAGAUUUCUAAAACUCUAUAUUUAUACAGUGACAUAUACUCAUGCCAUGUACAUUUUUAUUAUAUAGGUAAUGUGUGUAUAGAAAGUCUGUAUUCAAAUGUUCGUAAAUGAAAGUAUGUAUAUUAUGCAGAAAUGGUCUGUCCCCCUCACCUUGCAGGUCCUCUGGGGGAAGCAGAUUAUAGGUAAGGUGAUGUUUCAUUUGGCCUUGAAAUUACGAUAUUCCUGCCUAGGGCUGUUUUCAGAUAGAUGUAAAAAACCAGCUAGGAAGCUACUCUUGCUUUACGGUCACCCUGCUUUGGUUUGGCUCAGCCUCUAGUCCAUUUUCUUAAGGCUCAUGUAUGCAGAUUUGAACCCUGGUGCUCACCUGCUGUUCAGCCAGAUGCCUUGCUCACUGAAAGCCUCCGGAAGCCUCAGUGCUGUUCAGCCCCUCUCCUCCAAAUGGAGAAAAUGAGACUGAUUGAGGAAAACAAGAUGUAACCCUGACAGUUUGACUUUUCAUUUUGAAUGUUUUACUGUGUUAACACUCAUUAUUUGUACAUGACAUUAGGUUUACAGAAUAGUCUGUUUUACAUCAGCAAAAUUCACAGUCCAAGAAUAACAGUGUAACCAGGUCCCAUUGCCCCCAUGCCUCCCACAGACUUCUGUCCACCCUGCUCCCUGGGUAGUCAUCUCUUUAGAAGCUAGCGCAGCCCACAGGUCUGUUCUGGGCCACGCCCUCCGUUUCCACCACUGCCUUGGCUUCUGAUCAAGCUCUCACAGACCAAGCUUGUGAAGUCCUCACCUCUUCCCCUUCACUUAUGGUUUCCUGGUCUAGCUAUUCCCUCUUCCCCCUGAAGGUUAAGGCGGUUGGUUCACAACCAAGUUGUCUGGUGACCUUGAGUGAGUUCCAGGCAGGCACUGGGGUGAGGAGAUGUCUGUGCAAAAUUACUUUCAGAAUGAUCAUGGGAUAUAGGUUUGAAUUUUUGAAGCCAGAAAGCUAGGGGAACAUGUUUCCUGUUAGGGAGAAAAUGGAGACCAAAGUAAUAUGAAGAAGGGAGAUUAGAUUUCAAGUUUAUAAGUCAUUUGUUCUGUGGAUGGCUAGUUGGAACUGAGUCAUUUUUCCACCUCUUCUUACUGAGCACUUCCAGUUCCUAGGUUUAUACUUGGGAAAGUUGAGUUUCUAUUAGAGCUUUGAAUUUUUUCCUAUCCUUUUAUCUUUACUCUUAAAGGAAAUGACUUCAGGCAGAUUCUUUACCAGCUGAGCCACCAGGGAAGCCCAAGAAUACUGGAGUGGGUAGCCUAUCCCUUCUCCAGGGGAUCUUCCCAACCCAGGAAUUGAAUCAGGGUCUCACGCAUUGCAGGCGGAUUCUUUACCAGCUGAGCUACCAGGAAAGCCCAAGUAAAAAUUAAGCAUUAAUAAAAAAUUAGCUCCAGAGAAAGGAUAUUAUUAUAUUACCAACAGCUGAAUUUUCCCCAUUCUUGGACCUAGAAAUGCCUGCUGGCACUGGCAGUACUUAUGCGGGUAGCAGAGACUUCUCCUGUCAGAGCAAAUAGCUCUCUCCUCUGUGUGUAUGUGAUGCUUCCUACUUUGUCUUUCACCCUGGCCUGUCAGGUCAUGAACAGACUUUUUCUCCUCUCUUGUCUCACUUGCCCAGGUUUACUGACUGGCAUCAGUAUAAGGAGCUGGAUUUCCCGGGAUCUCCUUGGCAUCUCGUAGGGUGAUUGAAAUGGCCUGAACACUCCCCACUGUAGAGGUCAGAUGACCCACUUUCUUUGGUUAAUGACAUAUUAAUGUCUCCCGUUUGGCAGCUAUCAUGAACCGGGAAGGCGGCAAUGUGGAAGACCAGUUCCUUUGUUUUUUUCACUUGGGGGAGGGAUUCAUUUUUUAUCUUGUAAUCUUCAGAUUUUAUCUCCCCUCAACUUUGCAGCAGCCUUCGGGCCUUUUGCUGUAUUUUUCAAUAUCCCAUGAAAAUUUAGAAAUUAGAAAUAGGUAUAAAGAAUAUUCUGUUUCUUUCCCACAAAUUCUUGACGCCAGAGCCGUAAAGAGAAAGAAGAAGGGGAUAGGGGGCUUAACUGCUUCCUAAUGAAAGCCCCUGGAAAGCCGGCUGCCACAGGGGGACAGUGUGGUGGAGGUUGUGCGUGGGGGCCGGGUCUCAUCAUCGCUCUCUGCUUUCUUGUUCAGGAUCCAUCCAAAAGCAACACUUAGGUUUUGGCCACCGUUGUUCUCCCUUUUCCCUCUGUCCCCUGGCCUGCACUGGUACAAGCCAUGCAGACCCAUGGGGAAGGCCCCUGAUGCAGUGAGUGGAGAUGGCACAGUCAUUUUUCUGGCGUAGAUUUAAAAAUAGAAAUAUAUAAUACAUAUUUUUACAAGCAAGAAGCUGUGGUCAAGAUUUUUUUUACACUUCAGAGUUCAUGGUUUCAGGGUAAGAAAGGAAGAAACCAUGAAAAGAAAAAUAAGUACAAGUUUUCUCUUUUAAAGAAAAAAGUCAGACAAUGAGUCUUACUAAUGAAGGGGUUGAGUUUUAUGCCCUGGAAAGAGCUGGGGAAAGCCAGUUUUCCCCAGCAUGGGUCAAGAAUUAUAAAGCAGAACGUGGCAUUUUCAUUUCAUAGAAGCAAUUCUGGAAGUUUAUUUACACAGUAAGUUCGGAACCGGAAGUGGACAGUCUCCAAUCUUCCUGUCAGUCUCUGUGGUCAUGGGGUGUUCCCAGCCAGCCAGAGCAGCAUCAAGUGCAGUGGGAAUGAAGAGGACUCGGAUAAAAAACUGUGACUCAGUAUUCUUGUUUUAUUGGUUUAUGGCUUGUGGGCAGCUGACUGAGGCCAGGAUCUCCCGAGGCCCUCCUUGUGUUUCCCUCUGCCUCUUCUGCAGGUAUUUCCACUCUCUGCAGGUCCCAUACCUGGAAGCAGUGUGUUGACCAGAUAGGAAUAGGAUCCAGUGGAA